AUGGCGUUCAUACACAUGGCUUCCAGGCAGCCUGCAGGGCAGCUCCCACAGCCAGGCAGACACCAACCAUCACAGUCCAAGCUCACGGGGCUGGGCAACUGUGGUCAUGCUGGGACCCCAGAAGCUGGGAGUGGAAACACGUCAUCCACCACGGGCAGUGCGUGUCAGGAGCAGAUCCGAUCUGACUUGAUCCAGAGCCUGUGCCCCCCACCCCAGCACAGCUCGGCAGAGGGCCCUGGCUGCAGACUCUGCCCCGUGGACUGGAAGCUGCAUGGGGACAAGUGCUACUGGGUCUCCUCAAAACCAAAGUCCUGGAGUGAGAGCCGAGAGGACUGUGCGGCCAGGAGCUCCCAGCUGCUGCUGAUCCAGGACCGGGAGGAGCUGGACUUCAUGAAGAACCUGACAAAAGCGAACAAACACUUCUGGAUCGGCCUGUUUGUGCCCUCCCCAGAGAAAGGCUGGACCUGGCUGAAUGGCUCCCAGCUCAAUCCAGCUGUGUGAGUGUUUCCUGUUCCAAAACUAACUUUCUCUUUCAGCAGAAAGUGGCAGAGAAGUGGGGAGAUUUUGGAAAAAAAUACCAGUCAUCCUGGGAUACAUGUCUGCUCUAUUUGGGAGAUACUGGACAUCCAGGAAGAGGUGACACUGAUGCUGCAGGGACUGUAGGAAGUGGGCAGAGGGAAGAAGAGUGUUGGGGGGAGAAGAGCAAUGGGGCAGGGAGAGA